UGAUGAGGAAUCCAUCAGGCGGAGCUUUUCGCUGUAGAUAUGUAUUAGCAAUACAGUUCUUUAUCCCACAUAUCGACUGUUGCAUGACACGAACGCAAGACAAGAAAAACCGGAGAAGGUGGUGGCUUUGGCACGAUGAUUCCGACCGAUCCGAUCAGAGUGGCUGCUGGUGCCUUUGGUCCCCACGAGGUCAAGGCUCAAGUCAACAAAAGCGCGUCAUAGGGCCAAGGUGCCCCGCUAAGGAGUCAGUCAGGGCCGUCGGCCUAUCAUCAGCCGCACGGUUGUGCGAACUCUCACAUUGGGCACUUGAUUCCGUUGUUCCAAUGACUUGUUAAACUAUAUCUGCCAGUCUGUCUUGUGUGCCCUCUCUGUCCUCAUUCACUCCCUCCCCUCUCCUGCUGCCAUUUCACAAACACCUCUCCCCUUCUCUCGCGCGCGCCAUCUUCCCACCCCUCCACCCCUCCACUCACAUCGUCCUGCCAUGGCAUACAACACGGGAUUCAACCCAGAUAGGCUUCCUGCACACGCAGAGCCUGAGCAGGCCGCCGGCCGUCCGCAUCGGAACUCGAACGCGCGCCCCGAUUACAACAAGCCGCCCCCAUCAGCACCGUCGCGACAGGAACUGCGCCCCAAUGACCGCUAUGCCGGCGGUCCAGCUACCUAUGAGAGCCGCCCUCCACCCGGCGCAUACCAAGAGAGCCGUUACGAAAACCGCGCAAACGCAGCAAGUCCUCGAUACGACCAGGUCCGCCAUGACUCCAGGCUCGAUGGCUAUGGGAGUCCGCCUCCCCAGACCAACUAUGGACAGGGCCCGCCUCUUCAUCACAACCGCCCACCCGUACAACGACCACCUCCUACACCUGCCCCACCGAGAGACGGUAACGAUAGGGAUGCCCUAUGGAGGUUGUUCGGCGCUGUAGACAAAGACAGGAGCGGGAACUUGACCGAGGCUGAAUUGAGAACCGCGCUCGUAAACGGCGAUUGGACUCCUUUUGAUUCUCAUACCGUCCGUAUGAUGAUUAGAAUGUUUGAUACCGAUCGCUCAGGCUCCAUCAAUUUCGAGGAAUUUUGUGGUCUUUGGGGCUUCCUUUCCGCGUGGCGCGGCCUCUUCGAUCGCUUCGAUGCCGAUCGCUCGGGUAGCAUAUCCUACAACGAAUUCAGUGAAGCGCUGGUGGCCUUUGGAUACCGCCUUUCUCCCAAUUUCGUGCGGCUCCUGUAUAGCACGUACGACCGCCGCGGCGACAACAACAUGAGCUUCGAUUUGUUUGUGCAGGCGUGUAUUAGCCUGAAGCGCAUGACGGAUGUGUUCAAGAAGUACGACGAUGACCGGGACGGAUAUAUCACAUUGAGCUUCGAGGAAUUCCUCACAGGUGCGCAAAGUCUUUUCCUCUUCAAUUCCAUAUCGGAAGUAACCGACAUUGGUCUCUAUUAG